UAACCCGCACAGUUGCACACUGCACACAUACGAGUCGUACGACGGCCACGGCCGUCUUGCAAUGGCCGCCCGCCGCACAUACGCACGCACAUGAUCCGUCGACGUAGGUACACGCACGCGCACUGCGACACGCGUUACCCAAAGUGCCAAACGUUACGUGUGGGCGCUAGCGCGCGCGUUCGAAUACCCUACGCACAACGCACGUCGUCGUAUUCGUAUAUUAUAUCAAUAUCGCACGUUCGUACCGUUGUUGUACCGUUCGUGCUCCGUAGUACCAUAUUAUAAAAUAUAAUAAUACAACGCAUUCGAUCCGUCAGCCUCACGCGGUGUGUCGUUGCACGGACCCGGGACCAACCGCGGAAAAUAGGAAAAGCGCACUGCCUGGUGGACGAUGCCGCCAACGCGAUCCGUUAUCACGCAGCCCGUUAUCAGCGUGUGUAACAACGUUUUAAUUUAAAAAAAAAAAAUUUCCUCCGACUUUGGCGGCGCGCGUCUCAAAUUUACCACCGACGGCCCCGUUUCCCGCUGCGUGCGCGCGUGUGCCCCAGAGCACCACAGUAAGGACGUACCGUAACGCAUUGCCGCCGCCGCCGCUGCGCGCCCGCCGAACGCCGCCGCGCGCACGACGUCGACGACGACCACCACACGAUGCCGUCGCACAUGAAUUGUUGUUUCAACAAAUGCACCAACUCGAGUCGGAGCACGCAAAACCUGUCGUUUCACAAGUUCCCGACCAACGAGAACCUAUGUAAACAAUGGGUCGAACUGUGUCAGAACGACAAAGUCAUCCAAAAGUUCAAGAACCACGGUUCCAGCCAGGUGUCCAAAAGUUUCAGGAUAUGUUCCGAACACUUCAAGCGGGAAGACUACGUUUUGUGGACGUCGAAAAAAAAGGUAUUGCAUAAAGGAUCCAUUCCGACGGGACAGCAGCUGAUAAGUCCAAAAACAACACACUCGAACAUUACCAAUUGGAGUGAUAUGAUCACCGAGGAAGAUGAGGCAGUCGCCAAUAAUGCAACAUGGAGUCCGCGCGGAACCCCAAAUUUUGAUCUAUCUGGCUCAGUUGUGUAUUUUCUAGUACCUGAGCAGGGUAAGUAAACGAACGAUUAAAUCCAGGGUGGAGUCCUUACAAAACUAAGCAGUCCAGAUAAAUAGAUCAUACGUUAAAUUGUACCAUUUUACUGAAAAGAAGCGCAGACUUUGUCAGCUUAUUAAACAGUUACAUUUUUUAAAAAUAUUUUGGAAAUACUAUUUCAUUUUUUUUUUUGCUCUGAAUUUAAAAAUUACUUUAAAC